AUGGCCCACCAGCGAGAGCACAAGAUGCCCAAAUUGAAGAAGAAACAGAAACGGGGGCUUCAGGCGCGAGAAGCGUUGUUCAGUUUUGAAAUAGAACAAGAAGAAGAGAUGUUGGAGAUAGAGCAUUACGACUCAUCAAGCGACUCAGAAUCAUCAGAAACUGAUGUUGAUGCGCCCAUGGACGUCCUAAACCUUGCUAGGUUUGCGUCACCAGCUACCACCGAGACGAAAAUGUGGUUAUCUCUGACUGCCUACAUCCAACUCAACAAGUUACUAGGGGCAGCAAAGAGAGCGAGCGAUCAUCAUUUCGAUACAUGGUCGAACGCAAAGACAUUGGAGAGGACGUAUGAAAUGGCACAGGACGAAUGGGAGAAAGCAAUCGAGCAACAGUACCAAACCUGGCACAUCGACAUCACCAACAAGCUUAGCGCAGAGAUCGACGCCCAUUCCUUCUCUACACGACAAUGGCAGAUAAACGAAGAGCAUGGAAACAUAUUGAAGUCCGAUACACUGUCUUUGAUAGUGCAAGCCGAGACAGCUACCGCCAACCUCAGAAAGCUACUGGUCAUACUGCGAGACUUCAAAAAUCAGAUGAAAGGAGAAUACAUCAAUGCAUAUGAGCAUACCGAUGCCACUGAUUUGGCGUAUAUCAACUCCAUGAUCCAGCGCUUGACUAAGCCCUACCAGUCACCACAAGUCCAUAAGUCAUGGUACAAAGGCCCCGACGGCCGCGAUGUCGAUGCGCCAGAGAGGUUUGACAAAGACGUCAGUGAAUACUAUGGCAGCAACAUCACUGAUCGUUUUGAAUCGUUCGUCGGUGGAUUCUGGUGCCCUAUCGCGCGGCAACAGUCACAAGCACAUCCGUGGCCACAUGACAGCCAGGCUGUCCAUCUAGUGCACUACAACACGGGCGAUCACGUUUGCGAUUACAUCUUCGGCAAAACAGACAGUACAUACGGCCACUUGAUGGAACCAUCCAACGGCCUCUUGCUUUACCGUGAUUUCAAGGGUAUGCUCAACAGAGCUCAGAUCAUCAUCGUUCCUGCCCGCAUAGGCGAUACCGACCCCGAGACCGGCAAGACAGUAAAAGAAACGGAUAAGGAACCGUAUAAGAUACGAGUGCUAGACCCAGAGUUGAGGAAUAGGGAUCGCAACUGGGAACAAAAGGAAUGGCCUGUCGCCUACACACAGCUCGACGGAAGGAUUCUGGAAUUUGCAAACGACAACCGGCCGAAGAAAAUGUACCUAUGGUAUCGUGCCGUCAUGAAUAUUGCGGUGCGACAUAGACUCCAGGCGCCCGGCUGGGAGGGAGAUGUAGAAGCCCUAGGACAGAACUCAUGGUGCGCGCCCGGUGAAUCGCUCCGGCGAUCUACUAUGACUGCGAUUCUAAAGCACGUUGGCUUCAUCGAUGACCCCGAGCCUAUCUUCGCGCUAGGACCCACAUUGAAGGGCCCCCCCGAGGAAGCUACAAACGAUAGAUCCAUCGCCGAUCGAGUGGCCAUGAUACUGGAUACAACGCAUACAAGCUGGCUUAAAUCCCGUCGCAGUGCUUUCGCGAGUAUGCAUGCAGGGAAAGAGGUGGAGAUCGAUUGGGAAGACGAGGCGCAGGAGCAACACCAUAAAUUUGCGUCGCGCAAGUUGUGUUUAGACGCGGGUUUUGUGUGA